GCACUAUGGCAGUUCCACUUCCACUCGAUUUGUGUAAGCUGUGCUGUGACUCUGUGAUGUGAGAUUGAGAACGUUAAGUCUCCCUUCAUCAGAAACAGAAACACAGAACCUGCUCUGUCAUGAUUAGGAGAGCCAUCUAUCGCCAUCCUUCCUUCUGUUAUGCCGAUAGCAUUAGAGUGUCUUUUCUUUGAUUUGUUGCCCUUCGUUUCUUCAUUGCUUGUGAAUCAUUUAGAUCCGUCCAAUUCGAAAUGGCGACGACACCUUAUUUUACUUCAUCACAAUCCACAAUGAACGUAUGUAUGUGAUCUCUUUCGCACCAUUUGUGUGUGAAAGAGAUAGCUGCAUUUAGAUGGGAGGAGAUUUCACGGAAUGGUGACGCCCUUCACAAUCUGGUUGGGCUUUGUGCAUGCACAUAAUCACGGCUCGGUUACCGUCAGAUGGUCGGAGAAGUUUGUCUGGAUAGCGUGGUGUUGUUUCGUUUGGUAUUGUGAAGUUUAGUCAAGUAUAUGCUCGGCGUCUGGUAAUUUUGCGUCUCAGCUGAACUCCCACUUUUGAGUAUCCAGCUCUUGUUCGAUUGUAGAAGUCAGUGCGCGGCGACGAACACUGUUGAUAUCGUUUUCGCUACCAGUUUAACCAACGACGGGCAGUGUUUAAAUUACACGUCGUGUACAAAAACGAACGGAUAUCUGUUUAUGUCUCAUUGGUUUAAGUGGAUACGUGUGUGUAUCACGACAUUUGUGUAGCGGAGUAAAAAGGGGAGAACGGAGAAGGCUGUUUCGACGGACGGUAACGGAACGGAAUUGGCCUUUAAUGAGCUGGUUAUCUACAGCGAAGGUGAUACUUUGCUUACUGUCAGACGUCUGUACUGUGAGUGCAUAUAGUGCGGUUUCGAAAUAAUUAUAAUUUUUUCUUAAUUUCGCUUCGACAAAACAAAAAACCGUAAUUUAACCAAACAAAUGAAAAAAAGAAAUACCUUAAUUUUUUGUUCCAAAGAAAGAAUUUAAAUGUGUGUUGAAAAAUAUUUACCUUUUGUUUAAAAUAAAAAAAAAAUCACUUAGUCAUUUGCGUGAAAAAAUUUAUAAAAAAUAAAGUGUUUUUUCGUCUGUUAAUGUAUACCGAUGAGUUUUUUGACUAAAUGCAGACAAGAAAUUAAUGAUUAAAUAACAAAUUGCUGAAGUAUAGUAUGCAAAUUUGUUCACAGUGGAUUCAAUUAACAAAAUGGCCGUUGGACCGACGGAGGGUAAAAAUCCUCCUUCCGAGACAUUUUCCCCAAAUCAUCAGAUUAUAGCACCUAGUCCGAUUUUGGCGGUUCCUACGUUGGCAUUUUCGGCCACUCAAGUGGAGAUUGUAUGCAAGACACUUGAGGACUCAGGGGAUAUUGAACGUUUAGCGAGGUUCCUUUGGAGCCUGCCAGUGGCUUUGCCGAACAUGCAUGAAAUAUUAAACUCAGAAGCAGUUCUCCGGGCGAGAGCUGUUGUAGCUUAUCACGUUGGAAAUUUCAGGGAACUAUAUGCAAUAAUAGAAAAUCAUAAAUUUACAAAAGCAUCUUAUGGAAAACUACAAGCAAUGUGGUUGGAGGCUCACUAUAUUGAAGCUGAAAAACUACGUGGACGUUCGUUAGGGCCUGUUGAUAAAUAUAGAGUGCGCAAAAAAUUUCCCUUGCCACCAACGAUAUGGGAUGGAGAACAAAAAACGCAUUGUUUUAAAGAAAGAACGAGGAGUCUUCUGAGAGAGUGGUAUCUUCAAGAUCCAUAUCCGAAUCCAACGAAAAAACGGGAGCUUGCUAAAGCGACUGGUCUCAAUCCUACACAAGUAGGUAAUUGGUUUAAAAAUAGAAGGCAACGAGAUCGAGCGGCUGCAGCUAAAAACAGAAUGCAACACAAUCAAAACAACCCAUCAGGUAUGUCGUUCCAAUGCCGAAGAGCUGAAGGCGCUUCCUCGCCAGCUCCAUCCGACACGUCCGAUUCAGAUAUAUCGCUGGGAACCCAUUCGCCUGUACCUAAUAGUUUACCCCUGCAACACAGUCCCGGAUCAACGUCCAACGGUGGCAAUGAUCGCGAUGACCGAGAUCUUUGUAUAGACGAUGACAAGCCACGAGACCUGACAAGUUCUCUAAAUGCAAACUCUGGAUAUCCGGCAGUAAUAUCCUGCAUGCAACCAUUUAAGUUGGACACAACAGCUGCUAGCUUCUUGAAUGCCGGUUGUUACUUGCAAAACUUUUCAAACCUUAAAGAAAUGUCACAGUUUCCAAUUCAGCCUACUGUAAUUAGACCGCACCCACAGCUUCCACAAACCAUUACUUUAAAUGGCAAUCAAAUUCAUUCGUACACGACGCCAAAUUAUGCAGUAGAUAGCACGCCCCCGCCUAAAAUUCGGGUAAACUCACCGGAGAAGCUCAAUUCUUCGGCCAACAGUAUCAACUCGAACUCAAUGACAUCGCUACAAGAAAUGUCUUAUCAUCAUUCUGCGGCGCAAUUUUUACAUAGACCUUUCUCAACUUCACCACAGCCCUCUCAUAUGGCAUCUGAGGUUACAUGAGACUAGGCACUUUGCUUUCGAUUUAUACCUAUUAAUAAUUUUAAUUUAAAUACAAUUAUUUAAGAAGCAAUUUAUCUGAUUGCAUAAAAAUUUUAAGGCAUAUCGUUGAAGCUUAAUAUAAAACUCCUCUAUUCUUUUUGUUUCUAAACAAUUUUUUAACCAUUUUCCAUGUCCACAUAAGGCGAUUUCUGGAUUGAGUUAGCGUUUCAGAAAUGCGUUUUUCUUUAUAACUUCUGUUUAUAAGAUCCAUACUAAUCAUUCGUUGAUUUAUUAAACCAUUAGGUAAUGUUUUUUCUCAUUUAUACAUUGCUUGAUAAAAAUAAACUUUAUUAAUAUAUUUAAAAAUUAUGAAAGGAAUAAAAGAUUCGAUAGUCAACAAUAAAAAUCACUCUUUAUCUCAUGUAUAUCUUCAGAGUUCAGAUUAGUAUUUAUCUAUCUGAUUUGUAAUAAGAAUUUGAUUUCGCUAGCUCAGUGAUCGCUCUGUUUGGACAAGGUUUUAUACUAGACGCGAAUGAAAGAUUUUUGUUUUAUUUUUUUCAAACGCAUCUAAUCUCCUAAUCAGCUGAAUUGAAAAAUGUAAAUCUUGUAUAAAUAACUUAAAAAAUUGUCAACAACAUUUCGUUUUAAUAUUUUUAAGUCCUUUAACAAGGUUAAAAGCACAAAUAAUGUUCAAUUUUUAAGGGGACCUUAUGCUUCGCCUUUAGUGAUAUAUGACUACAUAACUAUAUAAAUAAAAUAUUUUAUAAACCUCCAUUAAUUUGUUCAAUAAAAAAAAAACCUUUAUUUUUAAUGAUUAAAAUCAAAUGUUUUUGAUUCUAAUAAUAUAUAAAUACCGAUGUUGUUUUUUUUUUGUAAUAAGGAAGCAAUUGGUCAUACGCUAAAUUCCUAAUUAUUAGUAAUAAUUUAAAUCGUAGUCAUAAUCUAAACAAGUGUAUAACAUAAAUAAACUAAUAAAAAUUAUCGAAAUAAGUACAUUUUGUCUUCUUCUGUUUGCAUUGU